CUUUUAGUCCACCAUUAUAUCUACAGAAGAUUGACUGUAAUGAAGGGGUACGCUGUAUUUUUACUGGUUUGUCUUUCCUUACAAACAGGUGCUACAGGUCCGCUAUGUUUUUCCUGUUCCUCAAUGUCGCAGGCUCAUUUCUGUGACUUCACAGAGAGAUGUGGUGAUCACCAGGUGUGUUACGUUAAAAGAAUCCUAACUAACAGUGGACAUACCAAAUACACCUCAGGAUGUAUUUAUAACCAGACAUGUACCAAGAGUGACGUCACGGAUCACACUGCACAUGGGCUGGUCACGUGUCUUGAGUGUUGCCAAGGAAACAUGUGUAACAACAAAGGGUGCGGUGACACGGGGCCCAUAUCACGGCCUUACAGAGGGCCUUACUGCUUCCAGUGUGAUCACCAGUCCCAUCCCAGUGAGUGUGAACAGCUCAACAUAUGUGAUGUCGACCAGGUGUGUGGUAUACAGGAACACGUCAAUGGUUUCGGCAGACAAUACACCAGUGGCUGUCGGGGGAAACUGGAAUGCCAGACUCACACACAUCUGUUGGUGGGGAGGGAUGUCACUGACACACGUGUUAGUAGGUGUAACAUGUGUUGUGAUGGCGACUUCUGUAACUACGCAUGCUCCCAGAACCUUUCCACUUCAGCUUCGAACAUGGCUACACAAGCACCUGUGACUUACCACAGCACAUCCCUGUACAAGCCAAAUCCCACCACAGCGGUCCCUGGACUGACAUUUGAGCCAUGGGGGUCUUGGACGCCUUGCCCUAAAAUCUGUGGUCGUAGUCGGCAGGAGCGUUACCGGAAGUGCCGUGACGUCAAUAAUGUUCUGCUGAGUAACCCUUCAUGUUCCGGGUUAGGAGUAGAAACUCGGACAUGCCUCAGUGAUUUCUGUCCAGACUGUAACGCCCUCUACAAUAUCGGUUUUAAUAUGUCCGGAAAUUACACAAUCCAUCCGGAUAACAAAACCGGAUAUGACGUAUACUGCGAUAUGGAGCAUGGGGAUGGGGGCUGGGUCGUGGUCCAGCACAGGUUUGAUGGGUCGGAGAUGUUCAACAGAUCCUUUGCUGAGUACGAACACGGAUUCGGCGACCUGAACGGAGAGUUCUGGUUGGGACUGGAGAAAAUAUCAAAGCUUAGUAACCCUGGACGGAAAGUCCGGUUUCUUCUACAGACAUUCAACGGCACAUGGAUGGCACUCGAAUAUGGGAAUUUCUCGGUUGCCAAUGCCAGUCAACAAUACACUCUGAAUGUGUCCCAGCAUAUGUCUGGAUUCGCACCGGAAUCGUUCGAGUAUAAUUCCGGGGAGAAAUUUUACACGUUUGACAAUGAUAACGCCGGACACUGUGCCGUUCGGAGAUUCGCGGGCUGGUGGUUUGGUUCGUGCACGUUUCUAAACAUCAACGGCGAAUACGGACUCCGGGAUGACGAAUCCGGAAUCAUUGAACACUUCAGUAACAAUCAUUUCCAUAACUUUCAGAAAACUUUGAUGAUGAUACAGUGAUUUUGCGGUGUUUUAAUUUAGCUUUCAUGUACAUCAUGCAGAAUGAAAACUCACUUACUAAUCUGUGUAGUUGUGUUUACAGUGGUAGGUGUAAGUUUGUGAUGUAUUUUGUAUUUUGGCUGUAAAAGUUAUUGAAUGUUUCAAUUCCAUUUAAGGAUUUUACCUCAUUUUGACUGCGUAUACGGUAGUAUGCCCGCAGUUGGCAACGAACAUUUCCUAUGGUUAUCGCAUUAGCGCAGUCAAAAUGAGGUACAAUCCUUAUAUUUACAUCAAACAAAUCGUUUAAUUAAAUAGAGUACGAAGAAAAUAAAAUGCAGGGUGUGUUGCGACGUUGGUAACUACGGUAGUCGUGGUUAACGUUACUAAGAUAUUAUAGUUCAUGUGAAUCUACGUAAAGACAACAGUAUUGUUAACACAAUUAAAAGAAACAACUGAUCAUUUUUGUUUUA